ACCUGCGCCUAUAAAUACAUAGUCCUUCAGUCCUAGAUCAAAUCAUUCCUGUCCGAGCAAACAAGAAUCCACACCACAACAUACGAACUUAAUCACUUCCUUCGGAGGCAAAACCAACAAGAAGGAUGAAGCCUUCACCUGCUUGUUCGCUCGCCGUAGCUACCGCCCUCACGCUGAUGAGCGGCGUCGUCGAGGCAACGGUGGUCACGACCUGCAAGGCGGCGGCCGGUAGCGACGGCCGCGUGAACUACGACUUCUGCGUGGCGGAGCUGGGCAAACACCACGACAGCCCCAGCGCGGAUACCUGGGGCCUGGCCAAGGUGGCGGCCCUCACGGGCGUCGUUAACGCCGACAACGCGGUCUACGACAUGGAGGCCCUGCUGGCCAAGCACGGCACGGACGACGGCAGGGCGCGGGCAGCGCUGGGCCAGUGCCAGGAGCUGUACGAUGGCAUGGGGUUCGCCUUCGCCGAAGCGCACGACGACAUCAACAGCCGCGACUACGCCGAGGGGAAGGAGAAGGCCGGGGAAGCCGCGGCUCUGGCGCACCGGUGCGACGACGCCUUCGCCAAGGCCGGCAUCCCAGUCACGUCGCCGGUCACGCAAUACAGCGACUACUCCGUGCAGAUAGCUGCCGUAUGCUCGGCCAUCACGAACCUCAUCGAGUGAAGAACGUCGUCCAAGACUCAAAGGGGAUAUAUACGCGUGUCACUAAAGUAUAAGUAAAACUACUCCUUAUAUGAUACUAGUACUACAAAAAGCGUCUGGUUUAUUAGAAUUUCGAUGUCUUAUUAGGUACCGUUCUUGCAUCAUGUUUUGCUUACAUCUUUUUGCCCCCGCUGCAUCCGGAUGUAAUGUACUUCCUCGUUUGAGAAUAUAUAAAGCGUGUUAAUUAGUUA